UGUGUCAUUUUCACGUGUUGUCGUUCUUCGUGGAUUUUUUAAAUACAAAUUAAAAAGGUACGGUACGGUACUUAACUAAAAUGGGCAGAAAAAGGAAAUUCGUACCAUCCGAAGCUCCACUCAAAAGCACUUUACCUGUAGAAGUUGUGCUAGAAGAUGUAACGACACAUCCUUUAUGUUUGCAUGGACCGACGUUGCUGUUUUCUAAUGAAAAUGGUCGGUAUUUCGCUUGUGCCUCGUGUAGGAACAAAAAAGAUUGCACUAUACACAUCGACGAAGAAGACUGGAAGAAGGAAAAUGUUAGGAAAAGAAACGAAAAAUAUUAUAACCUUAUUCCUAAGCUUGACAAAACUUUGGCUUGGAGAAACUUAAAUGAGAUCAAAUCUCAACAUGCUUCAAACAGAGCAUACUGUGAUAGUUGCAAGGAGUUGUAUGUGUUGGGUCAAACGAGAAAACAUAUCAAAGAGCACAGAGUAAUAACACCACUGACCGAUGAGCAGCUUGCGAAUCCCUCCUCGUUCCUGCCCCCCAUUGAGGAUGACCAGCAACAGGCUCAAUAUAUCUUUUCAAAGAAGUCAGUCAGUACCAUCCUUGGCAUUUUGAGAAAUAAUCAAAUAGGGAAUAUUCUAUGCAUUGGGACUCCAUCAGUGCAUGAGGCUGCCCAGGCUCACCCCGACUUUGAUUCUCUGCUACUGGACUAUGACACACGACAUCACCUGUUCCACACACCCUCCAAGUACCUCUGGUACAACGUGUUCAACAAUUACCUGUUCAAUGGCAACGAAGAUGAGAAAGUUUUAAAGAAAUUCAUAAAAUCUUCUAGAAAUAAGGGUUUAUGCAUUGUCAUGGAUCCACCAUUUGGAGGCCGCGUGGAGCCGCUAGUACAAACUAUAAAAGAGCUGUCAGCUCAGUACAACAAGAUUUGUGAGAAGGAAGACCAGCUGCUACCUGUUAUUUGGGCAUUCCCAUACUUUUCAGAACCCUACAUCUGCAACAUGAUUCCUGAGAUAAAGAUGCAUGAUUAUCAAGUUGACUACCAAAACCACAAGAAGUUCAGCAGUAAAAAAGGUGGAAGGAAACUUGGCUCACCUGUGCGUUUCUUUACAAAUCUUCCAUUAAAAACCAUAGACUUGUCCAACGACAGUGCCUACAAAAUGUGUGACAAAUGUAAAUUUUGGGUUUCCGUUUCUAAUGUUCAUUGUACGAAAUGUAAACAGUGCACAAGCAAGAAUGGGAUGAAAUACAGACAUUGCAAUGCAUGUCGCCGCUGUGUCAAGCCUACAUACACUCAUUGUAAAACCUGUGACCGCUGCUGCCAGGAGAAACAUAUCUGUGGCACAGUUGUUCAAUCCCAGUCUUGCUACAACUGCAAUGAAAAGGGACACAAACAAGCCGACUGCCCAAUGAAGGAAAACAAGAAACGAAAGAUAAAAUGAUUCUUUAUUUACAUAUUCUAAAUAUAAGAUUUAUAUUACAAAAAGUAAUGAU